CGGAUUUUUAAUUUCAUCAUUUUAUUGAGGUUUCAUUAUUUUCAUUGGCUCUACGCUGCUUGCAUGACCACAGAGGACGAUGGUCUGCAUAUUCAAGAGUAAGCAGCUACCGCGUGCAUCUGAGGCUGACAAGAGUCGACCUGAUAAAUCAUCUGGCUGAGUGCUCGUCAUCGAUCACUACGAUCUGCUCAGGCGCGGAAUAGAGCCGGCAUAGAGCUGAAGCAGUGCCUGUUUGAGCUUCGUAGAAUCCUCCUCCCAGAACCUCUGCCCACUUGAUCAAACCCUCCCGAAAGCCCUAACCAUGCCUUGGUAUCAUUCAUAUGAGGGCUCAAGGACCGAACGAGGGAAAGGAAAAGAAGAAAGUGCCCCCGCUUUUGAUGUGUCGUUCAAACUUGGCCCGUGACGCGCCUUGCCCUCCCUGAACCGAUUGAUGCCCUUUCAAAAAAACGCCAGGCUGAAUCCAGACCCUAAUUAAGAUUUACAAGAAAUGAAGAAUAUUAGUUGCGGAAAGAUGUAUCAAGCCAACCUUUGGUGCAUGCAGCCACGGGCGACUAAGCGUGUUGGCUUCAGCGGCGUACUAAGAAGCAGGAUGGCACAUGCAGGACCGUUUGCCGAGGUUCUACCAGCAAAUGAUCACAGCCUCCUCUCCUCGGCGGAUCUGAUUCUGCGCGUUUGGUUGAUCCGUCCAUGUCGUCAGAAAGUAGUCUCAGCUGCAUGGCCACACUAAGUGCGGCAGGUUGACUUG